UUUUUACCUUCCAAAAGCAUGGUAGGAUGCAACAUGAACUGCAUUAAAGCGUAUUUUACUAAGUUGAGGUCAGCCGGUGCCACUUUGACAAAACAGGUUUGCCUGCAAUUUGUUAAGUAAGGUGUAAACAUGGAGGUUAGCUUUCGUCAUAUGACUUUCACAUCGGAAACGUUUUCAACACAUGAACCUAAAUAUGUCUGAAUUUCUAUGUUCCCUAGUGGAGAGAAAGGCACCAGGAAAGGAUGUUGUGUUCUUGUUGGAUGGAUCUGAUAGUACUAGAAGUGGAUUCCCAGCUAUGCGAGACUUUGUCCAAAGAGUAGUAGAGACACUCAGUGUGGAUGACAACAAAGACCGUGUCUCAGUGGUUCAGUACAGCAGAGAUCCAGCUGUCCAGUUUUAUCUGAACACGUACACCACAAAAGCCGAGAUCCUCGACACUGUCAGAGGUUUGAGGCACAAAGGCGGAAGGCCCCUCAACACUGGAGCAGCCCUCCAGUACCUGGGGGAUAAUGUCUUCACGGCCUCUGCCGGAAGCAGGCGCCCGGAAGGAGUUCCACAGGUCCUAAUAUUGCUAAGUGGUGGAAGGUCUUUUGACAGUGUUGAUGCACCAGCCUCUGCUCUCAAACAGCUGGGUGUCUUGAUCUUUGCAAUUGGAACCAGGAGUGCUGAUAGCAGACAACUGCAGGAGAUAUCAAACGAUCCCAGUUAUGCUCUCUCUGUGUCUGAAUUCACCGACCUUCCCAGUGUCCAACAGCAACUUCAGUCCUCCGUGGAGGCUGUGGUUAUUGACGCCUCCCCAGAAUCACCAACAGUCACUGGUAUGUUAACAAGCACAGCCUCUUGCUGGCCUGAAAGGCUACCUGACCUGUUUAACCUAGAUUGAGAGAAAAGAAAAGAAUUAAGUUUGAUACGUGUUUAGCUCCACAUGAGUAUUUAAAGAUAGUUGGUGGUCUGCAUAGCUACUCUUUACAAUUAAAGAA